UCAAAAUUAAUGAAAAAUCUAAUAUUGACUUAUUUCGCACUGACAUUAAUCUCUACUACAAGUCAUCGCGUAACUAAAUUUUAAAAUAAUCUAUAGCCGUCAGAUCUUCCGUUAGGCAUCGACUGCGAUUUCAGGAGAAUAAGACCGUUGGUGGAUUACCAAAGAGAGCUGAGAUUUCAAAAAUAUAAGACCGUUGAAGCGUCCCUUCCAUAGCUUUAAAGCAGGCGCCUAUCUCUUUUUCUCUAAGAAUCCUUCAAUCUCUACAGAGCGUGAGAGAGAGGGAAGAAAGUGAGAUCUCAGAAAGAUUAAGUAAGAUUCACGAAAAGCAAUCAGGGCAAGGCAGUAAGAAAGCGUUAGAGAUCUCAUUUUGUAAUUCUUAUCAUAAGGGAAUGGCUUCAAGAAACGGUGCUCAAUUGCAUAACAGAGAGGCAAUAAACGGUGGACAAAAGCAAAAGAACAUGGCGGCCGCUGGGGCAGAUGGAAGGAACCGCAGAGCUCUUGGUGAUAUUGGAAAUCUGGUUACAAUUCGAGGAGGGGCUGAAGGCGGCAAGGUUAAGAUUCCUCAGGUUUCUCGCCCUCUCACUAGAGGCUUUUGUGCUCAACUUCUUGCCAAUGCACAAGCUAACGCUGACAACAAGAACAAGAAACAUAUGGCUGUAAAUCUUGAUCAAGGAGAAUUUCCUGCAAGAAUCCCAAGAAAGCCUCAUCUGAAGAAACCUUCUAUUCCAACUUCAAAUCCUCCCAAUCCUGAGGAGGUGAUUGUAAUCAGCCCUGGCACCGCAGAUCAGAAAGACAAGAAGAAGUUUCCCAAAAAAUCAUCCUCUGAUGAUGGUUCAUCUUACAAGACUUCCUAUACUUCAACUCUCACUGCUCGAAGCAAGGCUGCUUGUGGACUCAAGAGCAUAAAAAAACCUAAUGUGUUCAUUCAAGAUAUUGAUGCUGGGGACGAAUACAAUGAAUUGGCAGUUGUUGAGUAUGUAGAAGACAUCUACAAGUACUACAAGGAAGCUGAGAAUGAAAACAGGGUUUGUGAUUACAUGAAGUCACAACCGGAGAUCAAUGAGAGGAUGAGAGCAAUAUUGGUUGACUGGUUGACUGAAGUCCACCACAAAUUCGAACUGACAUCAGAGACUCUAUACCUGACAUUCAACAUUGUGGACAGAUACCUGGCAUCAAAGGCAACAGCAAGGAAGGAUCUGCAGUUAGUCGGGAUUAGUGCCAUGCUUAUAGCUUCCAAGUACGAAGAAAUCUGGGCCCCAGAAGUCAACGACUUUGUGUGCAUCUCAGACAGGGCGUACACACAUGAACAAGUCCUGCAGAUGGAGAAGCUGAUUCUUGGGGAGCUGGAAUGGUACCUGACCGUCCCAACCCCAUACGUUUUCCUCGUGCGGUUCAUUAAGGCUUCCUCUGGUGCGGUCCCUGAUUCAGAAAUGGAGAACAUGGUCUACUUUCUGGCAGAGCUGGGGAUGAUGAAUUAUGCGGCCGCCGUCAUUCACUGCCCGUCGAUGAUCGCUGCGUCGGCGGUGUAUGCUGCUAGGUGUGCGUUGAACAGAACUCCGGCUUGGAAUGAUACGCUGAGAGUUCACACCGGAUUCUCUGAGGGGCAACUGAUGGGCUGCGCCAAGCUGCUGGUUGGUUACCAUCUGGAGGCUGCUAAUCACAAGCUGAGAGUCAUCUUCAAGAAAUACUCCCUUCCCCAGAGAGAUGCCGUUGCUGUUCUUCCACCUGCCAAGUCUCUCUUGGCGCCUGCUGCUGCUACAUGAAAAAGUUGUGAAUUUGCACAAAAAAUGAUCUCUUUGAUCAUUUGCUUAACAUUCAAGACUGCCAUUGUGUUUUAUAGUUCAGAUGUUGUCUUUUACUUCUAUUUCAUUAUUCUUUUGACUGGAUUCUGAAAUUUGAUUGAAGAAUUUUAUCCUUUUUUAUCAUUCUUACUAUUAUUGAUUACUGAUGAUUACUGGUUAAGGGUUUGUUGUAGACUUGUGGGGAGUUGAACUUCGAAGAAAAUUAGUACACUUUUAGCCGUUUAGGUUUGGGCAUUUAUUGUAACAAAUGGGCUAUUUUUUAACCCUUUGUGAACCCAUGCCGCGCGAUUGUCAAAGGGAGAAUGAACUUCAAGGUGUACCUUUUUUUUUAUACCAUCCAGUCAUCUCCUCUAGAAAGGGCUCGAAGAGAAUGAAACAUCGAGUGGUGUCCAUUUUCAUAUGCAUUAUUGCUUAU